GACCAUGAGAUGUAUAUGAAAUCUGCACUCACAUUAUGAAAUUUUCAUUUCAUUUAUAUACCAGUAUGUGAGUAUAUGUGUGUGUGUAUGGCAGGAUCAGUGGUUGGAGAGGAGGGGUAUGCAGCCUGCUACUUGGGCCACUCCGCUAUCAUCCUACUAACAGCACUCACCUCUCUUGGCACCUCUACACUCCUCCUCUUCCACCACUACAUGAAGGUUAAUGACCCACGCAGGUUCAUGACAGCUGGCAGCAAUGUGGCUGGAUGGAGUGUGGGUGUGGGAGCUGUGUGGCUUGUAGCUGUGGUGGUAUCAGUGCUGCCUUAUGCUGGAUGGAACUCUUGGGAAGUUCAUGAUGCACGUUGCCAUUUGUCAACACUGUGGCCACUCUCCUUCACGGCAUUCCUCACGUUCUUAGUGGGUGGCCACGUUGCUGCAGCACUUCUUAUGUGGGCCUCCACCCGUGCCACUCAGCUCAAAGCCAUGGCUACCCACAGAGCAACUGCACCUCCGGUCAAUUGCCCUGAUGCAGAAGAAGCUCCAAUUGCAAAUCAUGUGCAAGGAAUAUACAACAGCAGCAGUGACAGCGUGCGUGUGGGUGGUUGGUUGGUAAGUGUAGGCUCCUUGGUACCCAUGUUAGCUCAUGUGGUGGUAGCAUCCUCUUGUGCUGCCUCAUCCCAGUGUCAGGCCAGCCCUACCCACUACCAUGAGGAGGCUGCAGCACUACCCUGGUCUUCACUGCUACUGGCUGCUGCUGCUGUCACCAAUCCUCUUCUCUAUGUCUUCACUGAUGACCAGGUGUCCUCUUCAACACUGUUGUUACUGUCAAGAGUGUGUUGCUGGUGGUGCGAGCGCCGUAAACAACGCUUGGUGCCACGUCACCAGGAGCCGCACGACGCCGAGACUAAUGUUUACGUAACCAACGAUACAGACCACCUGGUGUCUGACAACACUUAAGGCUUGUGAUGAUUCUCAUCGUAAAACAUUACAAAUGCUCUUUUUUCACCCAUGUCAGGUUUAAGCAAACCCAGAUUCAACAAAAUAGCUUACCUGCCAUUAGUGGCUCUGAAAUAUAAUAAUAAUUUAAUUAACUUAAGAUUCUGAGGAAGCAAUCUGCAAUACAAUAUUAGCCAAAUAUACUCCUAAAAAAAUAUAUUUUGAAAAAAUAAUAAAAAUGAUACUACUGAUAAAUAAAGACAAUAUAAAUUGAAGACAUACAACUUAAUCAGAAAACUAAAGUUCAUGGGAUUUGGUCAUUUAUUAACUAUUACUACUUUUGGCAUAUUGCAGUCUUACCAUGCAAAACAUUUAGUUUAUUCUUACACAAACUGAAUUCUAAACCUUCAUCAAAUAAUUAAAAUGACCUGUAAUAGUUUAACGAACAUUUGUAAAUGCUAAGUAACAACCCACAUGGAGACAAAUGCACAAAAUAAAACUGAUGUGCAUAUUUUAACCUCCCUCUCGCCCAAUUGUAUCUGCUGAGGACUCCCUCUACUAGAGGUUGAAAUAUUUGAAUCAGCUCUAUUUCUGUUUCUGUCUCCAUGUGGGUUAUUACCAUUAGAGUAACUUAUUCAUUGACUUUUAUUUUAAAUGCAUCACUAGGAAAUAUCACAUUUAAAAAAUACCUACUCAACAUGUUUUGCAUUUCACAAAAUACAUAUGUAUGUACCAAUACAUACAGUGUACCUACAUGGGACUACCUGUUUGUAGCUACAGGUGCAAAGUAUGCUCAUGUCGUUCCUACUAAAAUGUUUAUAUAAUAUUACUACUAGUAUCUCCUCAUGGAUCCCAUUCCAGUGCUAUACCACUUUGUCAGUACAGUAUAGCACUGUUUCAGUAAUGUUGCUUCUUGUCACUGACGGUGCUGAGAAAUCAUUAUUUUAUCGUAUCCUUUUUUUGGUUCUGUAAUUCCAAUAGUGAACAGAUGGGAUAUACUGUACAAAAAUGUGAUCAAAAUUAAACUGUCAGCUGGUUAGCAGUUAUUUGCUUAGCAUGUGUUCAUCCAUUUUUCUCCAAUGGCUUUUUUCCAGAAUUUUCAUAGGCCAGGCCUAUAGGUCAAAGGGACAUCACCGUCACCUUUUUUUUAAACAAUGGAUUGCUAUAAUGAGUACUAUUUUACAUUGAAAUCUUAAAUUUCCAAGAGUGGAACCUAGCUCUUCAGAACACACUUAAAAUACAUGGUGCUAUACCUUUUCCCUAUUGUUUUUUUUCUUGCUAACUUCCAGCAGUAACUUCUGAACUUCCUCUUUUGAUAUUCCCAUGUUCUCCCACGUAAUCACAGUCUAGACCUUCUCCAACUUGGUGAUUAUUUUUUUUUACACACUUGAACAAAAGACUUAGUUCUGUCUUGCUCUUUUCCUCUUUCUUUUUCAAAGGUUCUGUCCUUGACACUAUUUUUAAUAAAUGUUGGACAACACUAUAUAUCUUGAUUAUUCAUGUUUCUUUCAGUUGUUUCUCUGCAAUACUGGCUUAGAUCUUUCUGAUAAUUUUUUUCAAACCUGUAAUUUUCUUUUCUACCCCAGGUUAUAUUUAGCAACAUGUUACUUUUAAUACACAAAUAACCCACUCAUAGGAGAAAGAAACUUAUAGGUUUCUGUCUCCUAUGUGCAUUGUUCCAAUCAUGGUAUUAUGCCUUUUUGUAUUUUAUUUCCAAUAUGACUGCAGAUUCUGAGUUCAGAUUGUUUAUGUUGAGAUUUCUUGUUAUUUUCUUGUAUAUACUGGUUCAUUUAUGCAUUGACAGUGUAUUACCCUCUCUCAUUACUUCUUUACUGUGCCAAUCCAUAAAAAUUAUUAAAUUCAGUAAUCUGGUUGACCAUUUGUCUACCAUUCCAGCCUCAUAGUUGAAAUUCCUCAUUACAAAGAUCUUGACCUUCUCACCAUUGCUUUGUGUUGAAAAAAACAUUAGCAUAUUACACAGUUCGUCAAUUAUCUUGUCAAAUUCUUCUCUGCUCAAGUUCUUAAUAGGUGGAUUGUAUGUAUAUAUUGCUCCUGUAGCAGGUACCGUAUAUGACAGGUUAUUCUAAUUAAGUAUCUCAAAUAGACCUGCAGUAUAUAAUGAAAAAAUCUGACUUUGAACAGUCACUAUAUAAGUCAUGUGGAAUGCCUCAAUUAGGCACAUCUAUUAAAUAACCAAAGCCCACGCACUCAUUCAUAACCCCUCCCCUAGAUGUGACACCCACUCUUAUAAAUAUCUGCAUGCAACUAAAUUCAUAUGCAUACAUAUAUAUGAAAAAUAACCACUGUGAAAAAAUCAGCAAAUUUCCAAACACUUUUGUCAUUUCUCACAUUAUCAAGGAACUGUUCCUUGAUAAUAUGAGAAACCAUGAAAGUGCUUGGAAAUUCAUUAUUUUUUCACAGUGGUUAUUUUGCAUAUUGUGAUAUCACCUGUUUACUGUGAUCUUAUUGCAUACAUAUAUAUACAUGUUCUCCCCUCACCUUCCAAUGCAUCCAUAUCGUCCUUCCACCCCGCCCAACAUACCCUCACACCCCUUAUAAUACACACCCCUUCCUACAACCACACCCCCAUCCCUCCCCCAACACACACACCUACACCCACUCCCAUACCCAUACCAACAAAUUAUAUAUCAAAACAAUAAUUGUACACUGAAACUGCAACAAACUUCAUAACUUCCCUGGAUAAUUGUUUCAUGUAAUAUACAGUGGAACCUCAAAAAUCCAACUUAAUCCGUUCCAGGAGCUAGUUAUAAAUUUGAAAAGUAUGAAAUUCGAAGCAAUAUUUCCCAUAAGAAAUAAUGGAAAUACAAUUAAUCCGUUCGAGAAACCCAAAAAUAUUCACACAAAAAAUACAUUUUAUAGAGAUUAAUUACAGUUUUACAUACAACAAAUACUAUAGUUUUUAAUUACGUAUAGUAAUACAUAUAAAAUAACAUUUUUACUUACCUUUAUUGAAGACUGGUGAUGGCAUCUGGAAGAUAGGGAGGAGGAGAGAGGGAGUUGGGGUUAGUGUUUGGAAGGAGAAUCCCCCUCCAUGAGGACUUCAGGUAAAGCCCUCUCUGGGGUUACUUCCCUUCUCUGUCUUUUAAUGCCACUAGGACCAGCUUGAGAGUCACUGGACCCCUGUCUCACAAAAUAACUGUCCACAGUCCUCUGUUUCUGGUGGCUCUUUAACAUUUCCCUAAAAUGGAACAUGGUUCUGUCAAUGAACUUGUUGCAAAGAUGGCUUGUUUCAGCUUGCUCAGGGUGGUAAUUCUGCACAAACAUUUGGACAUCAUUCCACUUGGCACAAAUCUCCUUAAUCUUUGAAGAAGGCACCUCAUCCACUCCUCCUUCCUCCUCCUCUGAAGCAAGUUCCUCAGCUGUGGUCUGAUACUGCUCCAGAUGAAGCUCUUGCAGCUCUUCAGUGGUUAGCUCUUCCCUGUGGUCCUCCACCAACUCUUCCACAUCCUCACCACUCACCUCCAACCCCACUCUUUGAAAAUUUGUCUUGUGACCCAUGCCUUAUGAUUAGCUUUCCACAAGACACAUAAAUUGUUCUUAAAGACAUUGUUUUUCUUAAACACUCUGGGGUUUUCUGAAUGAUACACAAAUAAAGGCUUCACUUUAAAAUCACCACUAGCACUAGCACAGAAUAAAAGAGUAAGCUUGUCUUUCAUAGGCUUGUGUCCUGUCAGUGCCUUUUCCUCCUGUGUGAUGAAGGUCCUUUUUGGCAUUUUCUUCCAAAACAAGCCUGUUACGUCACAAUUAAACACUUGUUCAGGUUUGAAUUCUUCACUGUCUAUGUACCCCUUAAACUCCUGUACAAACUUCUCAGCCGCCCGUUUGUCUGAACUGGCUGCCUCACCAUGUCUUACAACAUUGUGUAUGCCACUACGCUUCUUAAAUCUGUCAAACCAGCCUCUGCUGGCCUUAAAUUCACUAUCAGCACUGGUUCCAGGAGUUUUCUGUACCAUAUCGGCAUGCAACUUCCUUGCCUUUUCGCAAAUAAUCGUCUCUGAAACACUAUCACCUGCAAUCUCUUUAUCCUUGAUCCACACCAGCAACAACUUCUCAACCUCUUCAACUAUUUGUGGUCUCUUUUUGGUUAGCAUAUUAACACCUUUCGCAACAUCAGCUUCCUUGAUUUGUUCUUUCUUUGACAGGAUAGAACCGAUGGUCGACUUGUUUUUCCCAUACAUCCUGGCAAGCUCAACAAGUUUCACACCACUCUCAUACUUCUGUAUUUAUUUCCUUCUUCACAUCUAUGGUGUUUCUCACUUUCUUUACCACAGGGGUACCACUAGCAAGUUUCUUUGGGCCCAUGGCAGCUUAUUUCACAGUCCCACAAGCACUAAACACAACGAAAUAAUCAUAAAAUGUGUGAAUGAGAGAGCAGGUUAGUGUUCACUCAAGCAUAAACAAAGCUAGACUGCUCACGGCACCUGCGCGGGGACGCGGACAGAGCGGGCCCAUGGACAUGUCCCGUACCCGGCAGGUCCAAAAAUAGGGGCACGUUCGAUAAUAGGGACACAGUUUGUCCAAAAAAAUGGUCCUAUUUUCGAAACGUUCAAUAUGUGAUACGUUCGAUUUUUGAUGUUCCACUGUAUGUGAAAAUUUUUAAAGUCAGCAUUUAUAACAAACAAAUCAGAAUUAUACAUAUACAACAAUAUAGUACUGUAUAAACCAUAUAAAAAAAUAUUUUAAGUCACUAAACACUAAAUAUUUGCAUAUUAAAAGUUUGUAACAGCUUUAAAUGUUAAUCAAGUGUUGUGUAAUGGUGAGCUUAUUGUGGUGAGCUUAUUGUGGUUGGUAUUAUAUUUGUGGGACAGUGCUCAAGCCAUAGUGGUCAUGGAGCUCGUAGAGAACGAGAGGUAAUCAGGGUUCAUCCCAGAAGAGGGUAGCUCAAAUUCCUUGAAUCUAGAGCCCUUUACAAGCAUCAAGGCAUCCCUAUUUGAGACUGCAGUUGAUAUAGUAUUAUAAAAAAGAAGCACUAACUCCAUAUGCACUGUAUGACAGCCUUCCACUAAUACUGUACAUAGUUGUAAAGUUCGGCACAAUAUCCAAGUACAGUACUGUAAGUCUCUGAUGAUUUAAGUGCUUUCUGCAUUUUAUCUUUUGAACAGCUGUUAAAUAUGUCAAUUUAUUUCAGAAGUAAAUGACUGUAGGCAGUCCUGCCGGCACUAUUGAAAACUGCAGAUUGCUUCAGACGCAGAUUGCUUCAGACGUAUCGCAGCGCUGUAUAGCCCUUGUGGCUUAGCGCUUCUUUUUAAUUACAAUAAUAAUAAUUCAGACGUAUCAUAAUAUACUGCACAGAGGGAGAACAUCAAAACUAAUGGCAAAACAUUUUGAAAACAGCUCAAAUCAAGAACAAAAUAUAAAUUAAUCUUUUUUUGUGUUCACUCCAAACAAUUUGGAAUUUGUUUUCUAUUGUAAAAAAAAUGUGCAGUUUUGAAGUCUAACAUUUAUAUUCUACAAAAGUGUUAAGAAUUUUACUAUAUCUGCACAAAAAAGCAGAUACAGAUCCUCAAAUCCAGCACAAUCAAAUGGGAAAAUCCCUCAGAACAACUAUUUUGAGAACUGUAUUACAGCACAAAUACAGUACAAAAUACUAUUGGAAGGUAAAUCUUCAUUGCCACGUACACCUGAGCAUCAAUUAUCAGAUAAAUUUAAUCCCAUGUUUGCAUAAGUGACAACAAAAUUAUUUUGGUACUGCAUAGGCCAUUCAGGAAACUAAACCUACGUAGAGCACCUAACAUUAGUUACUCUCUUCAAAACAAAAGUCCUGCAAAUCAGCUAUGUUUCAGUCUUAAAGUUGCCGGAUUUGAUGGUUUGCACAGUAGUACCUGUCCAUGUUAGAAUGCUCAAAUAAAAAAAAUUAACCAUUAAGAGGGACAUAAGUUCCCCUGUCUUCUAAUAACAUGUUCAUUUUUUCCACUAUAAUCUACCUUGUUCAUAAUUACUAUCACAUUUGCUUUGUCUGUUUCGUAAGGUGAAGUCCAGGAUCUUUACUUAAUUAAUGGUAUAACUUAACAAAUGUUUGAGGACAACUGCAACACACUUGUCCUCAAAGAUUAUUAGAUGGGGGAACUUACGUGCCUCUUAAACCUUUCAAAUUUGAUACUACAAACAUUAUAAAGGUGCUUUAAUCAGAUACUGUUUCUACUGUAUGUAAACUCAUAAUUAGAGCAUACUGAAUGCCAAAGCUAAUCAGAAAAGGUAAAAUAUAAAGAAUAUGAAAAAUAAACUAUAGAUUACGUCACUCACUAUGGGCACAUGAUACUCUGAGCAUAUACUCUGUUCUUGUCAGGUUUAUGAGAAAAAUGUACAGUAGAUCUGUAUUACUCAGUGUAAAUUACCUUCCAAUAUUGUAAGUUGGAUUAGUCUUAUUUGCCACCUAAAUGCACAUGGAUAACUUGAAGUUUUGCACACUUUCCCUUCUUAUGGAACAUCAUGAAAUAUGGUCAUGAAAAUUUUUGAUAAUGCUAGUUUUGUAUUUUGCAACAAAACUAAUAUAGUAACUUGCCUAAGAAUUUACAUAAUUAUAUUUCACCAUGAACAGUGAAGGGAAAUGCAAAUCCUCAGUGGUUCAAUACACAUUUUGCUAUUCAUGUUCAUACAGUUAAUGUCCAUCCUUAAUAUAUAUGCUUUAUGCUACUAAAAGCAUCAUUCAAGUCUUGUGCAUGUGUAAAAGUGAAAUCGGAGUUGACCUAGAAGUCUAUCUAUCCAAAGUGUGUGUAAAGUUAGAAAGUGGCGGCAAAUUUUACACUCUUAUAUAACACCAAUCGUUAAUAAGCCAAAAUUAACUAUGAAUACCUUAUAUAUUAACACAGAUGAUAUUUUUUAGUAUCAAAGGAAUCUUCUGACUUCUGUAAUUCCUCUGUAAAAUAUUGAACUGUAUUUCCUAGUUACCCAAGCAGAUCCAAUUUAUACAUGCUCUGUAAUGACAUAAAUAAACCCACAAGAAGAAACCGAAACAGAAGGCAAGAAAGGUUGUACAUGAAUGGUAAAUAAUGCCAAAAAUAUGAAAAUUAGACACAUGUGCAACUUCUGGGUAUCUUUAUUGUAGACGUUUCGCCACCCAGUGGCUUUAUCAAUGCAAAUUCAAGGACAUAAUUGGAAGACAGUAGAAGACAGUAGAAUUUGUACUGAUAAAGCCACUGGAUGGUGAAACGUCUACAACAAAGAUAUCCAGAUGUUGUACGUGUGUCUAAUUUUCAUCAGAAGGCAAGAAGAUUACAGUAUUGUAUAUUUCAGCAUACCACUUCAACAGGUAGAGCAAUAGAAUCUCAGUAGUAUGCCAAAUAUACUACCACAUAAAGUACUCUCUCUUAAUAUUUGCUUUAUUUUCUCCAUGUGGGUUUGUUUCUGCCAGUAAUCAGUGUUUAUUACACUUUUGUGUAUGCUUUGUAAUACUGUAUUUCACAAAGUAAUGUAAUAGAAUAAGCUAUUAAACACAUUAUAUAUAUAUUCUUGUACAGCACCAAAGUGUCAAACAUUACCUCAUUUUACUGUAUCUAAGAUCAGUCAUUCAAAACUCAAAGUUUGUGUCAAAUGUAGUGUUAGUUUAUACAAUGUCUAAAUAACAAAUGGAAGGGUAAACACUAAACACAUCAAAUAAUAUAUUAAUUUCAUGAUUUCUGGACUUAUUUUUGUACAGCUACUGCAACAAUAAAUUUGCACUAUUUGCUUGGAAAAUGAUUACUGUUUUAUAAGUCAAGAUUACAAGCUUUGUAUUUAAAGCAUGACUUAUAAAUAUACAUGCAUGUUCUAAAUAAUAACCCACAUGGAGACAGAAACUCAGGCGACUAAUUGAUCUGUAUAUUUCGACCCCCUUCUGGGAUACUCUUCUGCAGAUUCUGCUGAAGAGGAUCCCAGAUGGGGAUCAAAAUAUACAGAUCAAUUAAUCGCCUGAGUUUCUGUCUCCAUGUGGAUUAUUAUUGGCCACUGACAAGUGUUCAUUACACUUUAUUCAUACAUGCAUGUAUACACAUUAUUUGUACAAGCACACAAGAACAAUGCCCUGCCACACAGUAAACUGACUACCGCACAAAAAAAGAACUCUAGACCAUUAUAACUGAUCUUACACGAUGUUACAUCAUUUCUAUUGUAUGUACAAUGUUGAUGUAGGCUUCUCAUAACUUGUUCAAGUAGGAAGAAGGAAAUAUAUUUAGCACUGUUUAGACUUCACUGUCAUGUAAGUGUAAUGAAUGUUUGUUCAAUGCAGUAUGUGAUGCAAUCAAAUUGCCAUAAAUAAUACCUUCAACUGACUAUUGAUCUGUCAAAAUCCAUCCAGCGUGAAAACAAUGGAAAAAAUUUAAACUGACAAAAUCCAUGAAUGUGCAACAUAAAUAAAUUUACUCCUCAACACAGCUACCGUAUUUUCCGGCACAUAAGGCAUGCUUUUUUCCCCACAAACAAUCUUGGAAAAUCAGUCUGCACCUUAUAUGGUCAAGGUCAAGGGUAGGCUUUGUGUUACUCUUUAGCAAUUGUUUACUAAUGUUAUGUUACAACUGCUUGCCAACGUCAUCUCAUAGGAUUGUGAGCUGCCUUAUGUGCCAGAAAAUAUGGUAUGUAAAACUACUUUAAGAAAGUCUUAGUGUUAAGAAGUCAAGCACAGUGAUAUGAUCAACAAGUGUAAUAUACUGAUAUAGGCAGUAGUAGCUUCUUAAAUAGGUUGCAUUAAUAUUUACUUUUUUUUGGUAAUGUACACUCACACACACACACACACACACACAUACAUUAAAGGAAUUAAUUUAGAGAGCUGCAAAACCAGAAACAAAACUCUUCAGCUAAAAACUGAGAAAUGAGUGAUCCAACAUUAAAAUUUCUGAAUCCAAUUCUUUGGAGAAGCAUAAAGUUCAUUUUUGGUACUCUGACACUGGUAUGGUCAUUUAGUAUGAAGGAAUUCUGACAAUGGAGUAAAUUUUUGUUAUUAUUUUUUCAAAGUACAGUCACAGACAGAAAUUCUUGGCCAAUAUCACAUACACAGUGACAGUGAAAAUGAUAAGAAAGAGAUAAUGUCUCUUAAACAGAGAAUAGUUUAUGACAGAACAAUGAUUUCAGAGAUGACAAGCGCUGUCUCAAUCCUACAAGAAAAGUCAUAACAGUGACUCAGAGAUCAGACAGGAAAAAGGGAUAAACAGACUGCAGUUUCUUUGACAUGAUACUACACAGAAGAUAAAUAAAAACACUUAAAAGAUAGACCAAAGUAGCAGGGAAGUUAAAGAAUUAGUAAAGGAAUAUCUAAAUAUUGUAACAGAAAAUAGUCUUAGUAAAAAACAAUGAAUUUAAAUGGCCUAAAGUAAACAGCAGUGUUCAAAUAGAUGUUCUCUGAGGCCUGGCCCUGUUGACCACACACAAAUGACCUCCCCAUAUAUCUCAACUCAUUUAUGUCUCCAUUAUGUUAACUCUAUUACAGAUUCAAGACAAUGAGUAGAAGAGAACCUGAUAAGGACUGGUAAAAAUUAUAAAAUGGCGAGAGAAAUUUAACCCAAUAAAUGUACAGUAAUGAAAAUAGGCAAAGGAACAAGGGGACUUAAAAAAAUAUAUAUUUUGGGAGAACACUUCUCAAAAAUCAAAAACAUUAAAAUCUAGGAGUUAAUAUUAUAUAUAAUCUAUCACUAGAAACUUGUGUAAGCCGAAUCUUCUCAAAAAUCAAAAACAUUAAAAUCUAGGAGUUAAUAUUAUAUAUAAUCUAUCACUAGAAAUUUGUGUAAGCCGAAUAAUGUUGGUGGCGUAAGCCAAGCAAGCUUCCAAGUAUAAAGUAGAACCCAGGACCAUAUAUAAAGAAGCACCCACAGUAAUUUAAAUAAGACAUAUUUCACAAUUCUUUAGUAUGCAGUAUCAUCAAGGAGUUCAAACCUGGCUGUACUAUAAAACAUUUCACCCAUGAGCAGGUUUUUAUCAAGCAUGCUAUGUACUUGGUACAGCUCACUCAUGAGCGAAACACUGUGCCAAUAGAGACUUCCCUGCAUUAAAAGGUCCAGUCACCACUUGCUAGCAUUAUGCCCAUAUUAAUACAGAAUUCAAACUUAAAAAAAAAAAAAAAUUGAAAUAUGAAACAAGGUUGGUAGUGGAGCUAAGAAAAAAUUAAUGAAGAAAGAUUAAUAGAAAUGGAGCUGACAAAGCUAGAAGACUGGAGAGAGAAAGAGAGAGAGAGAAUUGUUAGGUAAGACACAUAUGCAACAGUUAGGUAUCUUUAUUUCGAAACGUUUCGCCUACACAGUAGGCUUCUUCAGUCGAGUACAGAAAAGUUGAUAGAAGCAGAAGAUACUUGAAGACGAUGUAAUCAGUCCAUCACCCUUAAAGUUUUGAGGUGGUCAGUCCCUCAGUCUGGAGAAGAGAAUUGUUCCGUUGUCUGAAACAAUAUACUGUUGCAUAUGUGUCUUACCUAACAAUCUGUCGGUAUUUUAUACCAUUUUAAUGUUCAGAGAGAGAAUUGCAACAUGCAAAAUGCUCAAACAGACAUUAUCAAGAGAAGGUGGGAAGGGGGAGGGUUUGAAAUAAAAUUCCCAAAUGCUUCAGAUACAUUAAAGAAGCUUUUUAGUGUCAGACCAACAGAAAAAUUAAACAGACUCGAGAGCAAUACAGUUGAAGCCAAAAAAUUCAUGGCUUCAAACAAUGAUACAAUAUGAUGAAUCAGCAUCACCUCAGCCAAUUCAAUGUUAAGAAGUGGGCCCACAUGCUGAAGCUUAAAAAUCAGAAUUUGUCUUGUAUUCAACUUUCUUCAAGCUUUUAAUUUAGAUGCCAGUAAAUAAUAAUAAGGCAUAUCAGUCACACUUCUAAUAACAUGUACAGUACAUCCAACAGUCUGCCCCUCAGCCUUAUAUUCAUGAAGUCUCAAAGAGUACUCUCAAAGUAGACUUCCUCAUACCUCAUAAACUUGUUUUUUUUCUUGAGGCCUGUCAUGCCUGUUACCAAACCUCAAGGGUAAUUUCAUUGAAGACCAUCCAUCACUUACACCCAGUACUUAAAACUUCCAUAUUACAAUUUCUAAAACAGUGUCUCCCAUUUUAGCACUAAGCUUAAAGUCUCCAUAAACAAUUAUUCUUACUUGACUCAUAAUUCCUUGAUCAUUCGCUUCUUACUUACCAGAAUACUUCUCUUCUACACUAUCACCUAAAGGAGAAGAAACACCAACUAUUACAAAUUUCUUACAUCCCACUUUUAUUCUAAGCUACUGAACUCUCUAAAUAUAAACAUUUAUAGCCUUUAUUUUUUCCAUACCCUCUCAUUCAACAUUACAACUACCAUAGGUAUCAUAAGUAUGCAUAAGCAUAGAUAGAUCCCACAGCAAACAAGACUACUCACCAUAAACUAUUGUUUUAAAUAUAUAAUACUGAUACAUACCUCAAGUCUCCUAGGCACUGAUAAGGCAAAAUUAUAGAGGAUUGAAAAGUCAACACUUUCCCACACCUGCUUAAUCACGCUUGAGAUUUUGGGGAUAGAGGACACAUCCAUGCCACAAAGCAUAUGCUUAACGUGUUUCCAAAUGUUCUCUAUCAGAGAAGCCCAGUGAGUUUCCAAUCAUUAAAGUAUAGAAAAAAUCACAAUAAUUUUGCCAAUUCUGUAUGUCUUUGGCAGUAUAGCAAAAGGCACCGUUUUUCAUACAAAAGUUGACCUGGCAUUUCUCGAAUCUCUCGGGCAACUACAGUCUGCUAAAGGUGUACAUAUGGACAUACAUAUUUAAUACACCUACUGUACAUCAUACUAGCUUUAGUCUGCCUAAAAUGCUCAUGUAAAGGAAUUUUCAUAAAAAUUACAUAGAGAUGUAAUCCCAGAAAAGAAUUACCACACUGUAAUUCUUUGAAAAAUGUUUUCACUCAUUCUCUCAAACACAUACAACCUAAUUCUAACUCCUUCCUAUUUAAACUUUCCCACUCCUCUAAACCUUGUUUUACUCCCUCACUCAGAGCAGUCUGGAAUUUAUUUCUAGAAAAUGGUGUACACUACAUACAAUGUCUACAUUGCUCAUUACAAUCCAAAAAAUAAGCAAAUGCCAAACAAUAAAAAUGGGAACUCCCUAAUGAUUGUAGAAGUUGUUCCAAAUAUGUACAAUUACAUAGCAUGUACAUUAUAUGUGGUAGAAGGCAUGAUUAGUUUAAUAUAUUUAUGCACCCUAUACCCAUCCUGUGGGCAGUAGUCAAAAGAUUACACAGGUACAUAAUGGGUCCAGGGACUGGGCCAGAGAGUUUUGAUAGCUGAACAAGUUACAGAAGGCCUGGGAAGAGCUUAGUUACACUUAAUACUGCAAAUGCAAAAGUGGCUGCCAUAGCACUGUUGUCUAUAUGUUAAUUUGCACGGCAAUCGUGACUCGUGAAAUCGUAAUAACACGACUGCAAACAAACCAGUGUGUGAGCCAGUGGUUUAUGCCCUGGCCUGGAGUUUUACAAGAACCACCUCUUCCACAGUUUGUAAGUCAAUCAAUCGAUGCUUGAAACAAAACAAUCAAGCUAAUAUUCAUUUUCCUUUACACAUUAUACAUCUCAUCAAGCACUAAUAUAUAUUCAAUAAAUUUCUUUAAAAAUCCAGUAAUUCAGUUUUAUUUUAUUUUACAUGCUUACUACUUAAACUUUUUCAGUACCAAAAUAUUACAUUCAUAAAAAAAAUGUCUUAAUCCAAUAUUUAAACUUAAAAAAUAACCUAAGAUGUUGCCAAUUCCCAAUAUCCACUCAAGCUAGUGGUGACAGAGCAUACUAUAGGGUGCAAUAAAGUUUAGAGGCACCUCUGUUUGAUAUGUAUCUGCUUUUCAUAUUACAUGUAAUUUUAUAUGUUAAUCUGGUCAUGCCCAUUUCUAACAUCUCUUAAAAAUAAUAUGGCAUGUUUUCUUUAUAUGAGUUCAAUUAAUCACCUUUUUUGACUGGUUUCCAAUAAUUUAGCAGCUACAGAAUUUUCGUCGACCUGUACAAUCUUCUUUUAA